AUGCAUGCAUCUAAUGGUCCAAAACUUUCCUAUUGGCAUUUGCAAAAUCAUUUCAAAUGUCGUUCUGGUGGUAAAGAAUCUGAAAAUAUAAAUUGUUCAAUAUUCGAUGAUCCACAUCCAAUGACAAUGGCUCUAUCAGUACUUCUUACUAUUGAAAUGUGCAAUGCACUUAAUAGUUCAUCUGAAAAUCAAUCUCUUCUUAAAAUGCCACCAUGGAAGAAUAAAUAUCUUUUAUAUGCUAUUGCUUUAUCUAUGUCAUUACAUAUGAUGAUUCUUUAUAUUCCUAUGUUUAAUAUUGUAUUUCAAAUUUGUCCACUUUCAUUAGAAGAAUGGUUAGCUGUAAUUAAAAUUUCUCUACCAGUUAUAUUAUUAGAUGAAUUACUUAAAUUUAUUGCACGACGAUAUAUUAAUCAUAGUUUGAAAUCUAAACAAACAUUACAUAGUAUGAUGUCAUCAUUUGAUAUAUCAUUAUUUAAGAAUAAUUUGCCUACAGUUGAUAAAAUUUAUGGUCAUGAAACAACGCAUAUUGAAUGA